GGCGGACGUGCGAGCGGAGGACGGUCUUGUGAAUCUGCCAUUACGUCGACAUUCGAAGGUCCAGGAGGAUCUGAUCGACGAGGGCUCUUGUAGAAUUUGCGUGUUCGAUGCCGAUCGGCUACGUGGUCGCCGAAGAUCAGUUCCUUCACCUGCGCUUCUCGUCUUCUCGUAUAAAAUCAUCGCUCGAUCUAGCCGCAGCGUGAUUGCAAACAUCAACACUACCUCCGCUGGUAAUUGUGUCCCACAAUCCUCCUCCUACCCAUCGGCGUUAUUUUAAUGCAGUAGCUUCGACGACAUUGCCUAGACUCUUUGUCUGGAUGAAUGCUUGUCAGCUGGACGCCUCAGCUUCAGUUGGGCAAGAAUUCAAGGUGUGAUUGGUUUUGUGUCCCGCUUGGACGAGGGGACUUGCUCUCCGGGAGGAUCUACUCGUGGGGUUUGAUCUAAGAAGAGGACACCGCAUGAUGGCUACAGUUGCAGCAAUGUCAGCAGCAUCGGCCGCUACCCUGGUCCAGCCUCGUCGCGUGGGGUCGUAUCAUGUGGGCAAUUCGAGAUUGGGCAGAAGUGGCGUUCCGACGAUGAGCAAUCGCUUGGUUGGAGCUCGUUGCAUGGCGGAGCCCAACAAGAACUCGGAGUCUAGUAGUAGACCAGCAGACGGGGUCCAACCCAUCGGUCCUUCAUCAACCACACCUCCACCUCUCUCAACACCGGUUCCAAAGCGGAAGGUGAGCACCAGCUUCGAGGAUGUGUUUUCCUUCAGCGGACCUGCACCUGAGAUCAUCAACGGACGAUUGGCGAUGUUAGGAUUCGUGGCUGCACUCGGUGCCGAGCUAAGGACUGGUGACGGAAUUCUGACGCAAAUCGGCAACGGUGGAAUUGCUUGGUUUGUGGUAGCGACGUCAGUCAUUACUUACGCGUCUCUAGUGCCAAUGUUUCGGGGGAUUUCUCCCGCCAGUAGAGAGAACCAUAUCUUCACUGCAAAUGCUGAGAUCUGGAAUGGCCGGGCUGCUAUGAUUGGUGUAGUAGCGCUAGCGAUCACUGAGUACUUGACCGGGCAGCCUCUUAUUUGAACUCUUAGUUAUGCAAAGCAGAGCUUAUUAUCCCAAAAAAUGCUCUACAAUUUUGUACAAUCUUGAAAGCGGCGAGACGGAUACGAUCGAUAGGAUCGUAUCCAUCACCGUUUACUGUGUUUCUUCAAAACCAUGAGAAUAAAAAAACUUGGAAGUC